AUGGUGAAGGAAUUCCAGGAAAGAUGGCCUGCUCUGUUCGAGAUCAGUGAGAUAAAUUCAGAAUUCAAAAGGAUCACCACCGUCCCAUUGCAGUGCAAGUUCCUGUACAGACUGGAUCUCUACUCCGCUAAGCUGAGUGAGCUGUUUCUAAAGAGAGGGGGGCAGUUGGGCCAAAAGCUCAAAAGUCUCAUGGCACCAGUGACUGAUAGUGUCAGUGUGCAUGUGAGGCGGGAGUGCAUCCUAAAGGGACUCUGUGCGUAUAUGGGCGAAGACCACGAACAGCUGGUUCGGGAAUAUAUGACCUACACUCCUCAUUCAGACCUCAUUCAGACCUACACUCCUCAUUCAGACCUCAUUCAGAGCUACACUCCUCAUUCAGACCUCAUUUAG